AAAUCAAACUGACAUUUCGAGUACUUUUUAAAAUUUCAAACAAAUUAUUGGUUUAGAUCUUAUUCGAAUAAAAUUCUAUAAAAAAUACAGAAACAAUGGCGUCAUGCACAUCUUCGUUGGCCAAAGAUGUCGGUGAACUAAAAGCAAUGAUGAAGGCUCAAAAUAAACGAAUCGACACCCUCAUCAAGCAUAUCAAGGAAGGUUGCGAGGCAAAGGAGGAAGUACCACCGGAGAGUACAAUGUCUAACAUGAAUCCCUAUAUCGAGUGCCUCAAUCCAGAUAUUUUAUACCAUUUAGCUUUAAGCACGGAUACAACAGACUUUCCCAAAAUGUUUGGCGAUGUGCGCUUUGUUUGCAUGGGAGGAACCGCAGCACGCAUGCUGAAGUUUGCCAAUUUCAUCAUGAAGGAGAUUGGUCUGAAGAUGAACUCUGGCGUCAAGCUAAAAGAUCUGGCAGAAGAUGCUAACCGUUAUGCCUUGUAUAAGGUUGGUCCAGUGUUGUGUGCUAGCCAUGGCAUUGGUGGACCAUCGAUUAGCAUUUUGUUGCAUGAACUCAUCAAAUUAAUGCAUCAUGCCAAGUGUCAAAAUCCUGUCUUCUUUCGAAUGGGAACUUCGGGUGGCAUUAACGUUGAACCCGGCAGUGUUGUCAUCACAUCCGAGGCACUUGAUGGUCAGUUGAGACCCGUUCACGAGGUUGUCGUACACACAGUUCCCGAGCUGCGUCCUACUAAACUGGAUCGGGAUUUGGCUCAAGAACUGAAGUCAUUAUCGGAUCCCUGUCAUGAUGGCUACGAUACGAUCAUUGGCAAAACUCUGUGUGCCAAUGAUUUCUACGAAGGUCAAUCUCGAUUAGACGGUGCCUUUUGCUCCUACACUCCCGAGAAGAAGAAGGCAUUCCUCGAGCAAGUCGCGGGGCAGGGAGUUCUCAAUAUGGAGAUGGAGAGCACAGCAUUCGCUGCGAUAACAAAUCAAGCUGGUAUUCGAUCUGCCGUCGUUUGUGUAACCAUCCUCGAUCGCCUAGAGAGUGAUCAGAUAACCACGCCACUUGAAAUACUUAAGGAGUGGGACUCGCGACCACAGACUUUGAUUGCUCGGUACAUGCAAAAAGUGCUCUUUGACAUCGGUGACGAGGAUUGCAGUGGAUCCGAGUCCUGCGAUUGCGCUGGAGGAGAUCAAGCUCAACCUGCACAAGAAGUUCAACCUGCACAGCAAGCUCAGCCCCUUGAGCAAAAUCAGUCUAUUGAACAACCUGAGCCUGGCGAUGAAUAAUUAAUUGUAUUUGAAAUUGACAUUGUAGAAGAAAUGGAACGUAUAAAGUAAAAUC